UUGAAAUUUGAGUUGUCAAAACUACUGUUCUUUAUACAGAAAGAUGAAAAUUGUCUAGAAAAGAAAUAGCAAAUCAAGAGAAGAUUCCUCCAUAAAAUGGCAAAUAUUGAAGAGGUGUUGAAGCUACUAUGCAGUCAUGUCAAACUCGAAAGAGAUCGCGGGAUUUCUUCGUUAGAAAAACUGCUUUCUGAAAAAGAAGGCUUGAAAAACAACCCCGAAUUAAUAUCUUCGUUCUCAAAUUCACUGACAUCUUUAGUCCAAUCUGCUGAUAAAAACUGGGAAAUAAGACAUGGUGGACUCCUUGGGGCAAAGAUUGUUAUUCUGGCAAAAAUUGUGGACGAAGAAUUCCUUGAAAAUAUGAAAAAGAAUGCUUUAAUUUUGAUCCAUGAUGAGGAAUUUCGUGUGAGAAUUUUGGCUGGUGAAGUACUUGGUGCUCUUUGCCAAGUUCAAGGAACAAAAGUUUACAUUGGCUGUAAAGAGGAAGUUCUUUCAAGUGUGUCAAACAACUUGGAAAGACAAAUACAUGUACCAGAUGAGCCAUCAGUUACAGAUCAACUUCAGAAGAAAAUGAACGGAAAUCAACCUGAAAUGAAAACUGAGGCCAACAAACCAGCAGAUGCUGCCAAGAUAUUCCAUGAUACUGCUGGAUGGAAGAAUCUAGAGACUAGCAUGAGGUGUCUUCAGUCAUUGAUAGAGGGAUGUGGUGAAGCCUUCAAUGAACAUAUUUCACAGACUCUCCUUGAUCUUAUAUUCCAAGCACUAAGCCACACCAACAGAUUUGUCCGAGAAACUGGUUACCAAGUUUGUGGAUCUCUGGUCAGUCUGGGAAGACCACAAGAUGAAAGUCUUGCAGCUACUAAAAGCAGCAUUUCUAUCGAAAACAAUGCAAUUGUGCAACAUGGGGAUCAGUUUAGCAGCUACCUUCAAAAGGGCCUGGCUGAUAACUGGAGUCAGGUUCGCAUGGCAGCAUCAGUAGCAACAAGGCAGUUUCUCCAAACUCUACCUCCUCAAGCAAGAGAAAGAUUUUAUCCUAAAAUACUACCAGCAAUGUGCUUGAAUAGGUAUUAUGUUGCUGAAGGUGUAAGAAUAUAUUCCCAGCAAACCUGGAAAAUGGUCAUGGGUACUGAAGGCAAGCAGUUGGUAGAGAAAUACAUCAAAGAAACGGUUGAUUUUUACAUAAAUCAAACUAAAGCUGAUAACCACGCUGUGCGAGAAGCUGCAUGCUCGUGUAUUGCUGAACUAGGAAUUAAGGUCAACCCUGAUUGUACUAGGACAUAUGUGAAGGACCUUCUGGACGCCCUGAUCGUUUGCUUCAAAGAUGACAGCUGGCCUGUCAGAGAUGCUGCUUGUGUUGCAUGUGGUAACUUCAUUCUGUGCUUUCCCGAAAAGUGCAAAUCCCACAUGGAAGAACUCUACCCACUGUUUUUUACCAAUCUUGAAGAUAAUAUCCCUUCAGUGCGACAAGGAGCAGCAAUAUCCCUUGCAAACGUCGUUAAAGCAUAUGGUAAAGAAGAAACGGCCGUUGUAUUCCAGAAAGUAAAGAGCGGGCUAAAAGAAGUAGAAACUCAGAAAGAAAACACUGAAAAGUACUCUGGUCUAGAGAAGGGUCCAGCCACGUUCGGCGUGGUAAAGAAAUUAAGAGACAACGACAUGGAACUACAUACUAACAAACAGAUGUAUUCGUGUGGUUCUUUGGCCCCAAAAAUGGGACGAGGAGGAGGAUGCAUGGAUCACUUAUUUAAGAGACCACCGGAGCCAUGGGAAAUAACCGAUGGGUGUAUAUGUCUGGUGGUGGAACUGGCUGACAAUGCAAAGAACCACAAAGAAGUAGUGGAAGUGUUACCUCUGAUAGCUAAAGCCGCUGGAUACAGACAUUAUACUCAGCACCCAUAUUUACUAGAGACUGUAUGUAAGCAGUUACCAGUCCUCGCUAAAAGGCUCGGCAAGAGGAUGUUCAAGCAGUACUUGGAAUUAUUUUUCGAAUCGAUAUUCUACAGUGUUACCAGCGACAACAAUUUGACGUCGGUUGCUGCGAGUGAAUGUCUUUCACUGCUUGGUCAACUUCUUGGUCCCUCCAUAUUGAGAGGACGCGUAGAAAUAUACAAUCCAAG